UUGGCGCGGAGGGCGCCGCUGAGGAAGGAGGGUCUUUGCGUCGCUCCGCGAUUCAAGUUCCCCCCCCUCCCCAAAAAAACCCGCCGGAGUAGCGGAGCAGCCUCUUCACACGUCCCGAGGGGAUCCCAGCCACCCGUCUGUCCGCCCGGAGCCACCUAGCCCGCCGCUUUCGCCUCCCUUUGGCCGCCGCCGUCAUGUCUCGGGGUCCCGAAGAAGUCAAUAAGCUGACCGAAAGCACUUAUAAGAAUGUUAUGGAACAAUUCAAUCCAGGGCUGCGGAAUUUAAUAAACCUGGGGAAAAACUAUGAAAAAGCCGUUAACGGUAUGGUCCUUGCGGGAAGAGCUUAUUAUGACGGUAUUGCAAAAAUAGGCGAUAUUGCUGUUGCGUCACCCGUAUCUAAAGAGUUGGGGCAUGUCCUCAUCGAGAUUUCUAUCGCUCAAAAGAAACUCAACGACAAGCUAGAGGAAAACUUCAAGAGAUUCCAUAAAGAAAUUAUAUCGGAGCUGGAGAAGAAAACCGAACUAGAUGUAAAAUAUAUGAAUGCUACUCUGAAGAGGUACCAGAACGAACAUCGAAGCAAAUUGGAUUCUUUGGAAAAAUCUCAGGCCGAGCUGAAGAAAAUCAGGCGGAAAAGCCAAGGAGGACGGAACGCCAUCAAAUAUGAACAUAGAGAAUCCGAGUAUUUGGAAACCGUCAGCUCCCGACAGAGCGAUAUCCAAAGAUUUAUUGCGGAGGGUUGCCGAGAGGCCUUACUUGAAGAGAAGAAAAGGUUUUGCUUCCUGGUUGACAAGCACUGCAGUUUUGCUCAACGCCUGUUCCAUUACCACGUGGAGUGCUCAGAGAUACUUACCACCAAGUUGCCGGCGUGGUUGGAAACCUGCGGCGAUGCCACCAAAGUUCCGGAGAACGUCAUGAAUAUGAUCGAAGAGAUCAGGACCCCAGGAUCCGUUUCGAUAUCGGGGACUCCCCUGCCUUCCCCAAUGAUCGAGAGGAAUAACCUGCAGGUUGGAAACAAUUACGAUUCCCUCCGACGGCAUUCUCCCAAGGUGCCCCCAGCCCCCCCGGGGAGAGCUUAUACCAGCCCUUUAGUUGAUAUGUUCAACAACCCACCCGUCGCACCCAAGACCUCUUCCGAGAAAUUAACCAAUGCAGCAGAUGAUUCCAGUUUAUCGCGAUCUACCUCCAUGGCCACUGGACUGAACAUAAUAAAGCGUCAGAAAGUGAAGACCAUCUUCCCGCACACCGCUGGAAAUAACGAGACACUCCUCAGUUUCGCCCAGGGCGACCUUAUCACGCUGCUCGUAUCAGAGGAAAGGGACGGCUGGCUGUACGGAGAACACGAUGUCACCAAAGUGAAAGGCUGGUUCCCAUCCUCUUACACGAAGCCCUUCGAAGGUCCGUCAGAAGAGACCAUACGCAUUCCGGUGCCCAGCCCUGCUCCCAUCCGAAGUGUCAGCUCGGUCAACUUGACAAACAGAGAAAACCCCAUCCUCCCUCCACCAGAUUACGUGAUUACUGGGCCAACCAAACCAGCUCCAGGACCAAAACUUGAAACUUCUAAAACGACAGCAGCUCAAGGAGAAAGCGUACCUCCUAAACCUAACAUGAACGGCAUUAUGAAGCCACCUUUCCUAAGUGGCGAAAAUCCCUUUGCAACCGUCAAACUCCGACCGACAGUCACAAACGACAGAUCGGCGCCAAUCCUUCGAUGAGCAGCAUCGGGGGGAAAAAAACGAUAUUUUUUUUUUAAACCCUACUACCUUGUCAACAUUGCACAGCCUGCCCCAGCCUGCGGUCCCUUCAGGUGUUGCUUUGGGAUGGUUUCCGAAUUCGCUGCCCGCUCGGCACCUGGAGGCUCUCCCUGGUUGAUGGUGGCCAUACUGUCUUCGGCAAUAUGAUUUCCAAAUACCUGUCUGUCUGAAGUUGUUUUUAAACCUUUAUUUAAAUGUAAUUAAUGUGUACAGCAGCUGCAAAUUGCCAAAGUUUCUGACUUUUUAAAAAUGAGCUUUUUUCUUUCUUUCUUUUUUUUUUUUUUCUUUUCUUUUCUUUUCUUUUUUUUUUUUGGCUUCUGGUUUCUGCGAAUUAUCGAUGGCUGAAGACACCUGCAGAUUUGCUUUGAUUUUUAGAAGCGUGCCUUGUUUAGGGAAGAGAGAAGUUAUAUUUAGGAAAGCAGAAAUAGGCCAAAUAGGGAAAAAACCAGCAGAACUGAUCCUUUAGUCUGCUGUUGCCAGCAUCGCUGCUUAGACCUCUUGUGCCAAUGGUGUGGUUUAAUCCUAUGGAUCACUUCCGUUUAGUUUUUGCUUGUACAAUUUACGUAGAGAGCUGGAUACGAGAGUAGCUGCUUUCUAAACAGGCAAGCCGUUUAAGGAUGACCCAACAGACGAUCAUGCCAAAUAUUAUUUUCAUUGUGUAAGAUAAGAUGUUUUAGGGAUACAGUAAUAAUAAAUACUCCGAUCAGUACAAUGGG